CACGUAUCUAACAAACUUUUAAAAUAUAGACCGCAAAAUAACGUUUGAUUCAUAUGAUUGCAUUAUGAAAUUAAUUCACACAACUUAGGGUUUGAUUUUCCCCUGUUCUUCAAUCUCAAUCCUGUCGUACUUAAUCUCCAAUCCAAAAUCAAACAUAAUAAUCUCGAUGUAAUCUGCAAACAUGAUGAAAACCCUAGGUUUUUGGAUGACAAGAUGGGACCUUUUCUGGUGUAAUCGAAAAUCCAAAAGGUGACAGAACGGGAAAGGGGGUUUACCGAUGGAAGAAGAAAAGGAGUUAUCGAAGUGUAAUAAUUGCAGAAUCGUUAGGGAUGUUGUUGAAGAGUUGAUUGGGAUUGUCGAAGCUGCUAAAUCAAUGGGAGAAUUUCGAGGAACGCAGAAGAAAGAGAGCCAAAUGCUCCAAAGGCGAUUGAGGCAGUGUCUGCCAUUGUUGGAAGAGCUUCGUGAUCUUGAUGCACAGAUUCCCGAGGAUUGUAUAUCAUGUUUGCAUAGAUUGAAAAGAGCGUUUGUUCUGGCAAAGAAAUUGUUGAAGACUUGUCAUGCUGGAAGCAAAAUUUAUCUGGUAUUGGAAACAGAUGCAAUGCUAAGCAGAUUCAAUAGUGUUUAUGAUAAAUUGAAUCAUGCAAUGGACGGAUUUCCAUACAAAGAAAUUGGAAUUUCAGAAGAAGUUAAAGAACAAGUGGAGUUAAUGUGUAUGCAACUUAAAAGAGCCAAACCCCGAAUGGACAAUCAAGACAUGGAACUCACCACAGACAUGAUGACCGUAUUGUCAACCGACACUGACCGGAUAUCUGAAUGUGAAGCUAUUAAAAGAUUGGCAAACAAGUUAUCCUUAAACACUCUUGAGGAAUUAAGGGUUGAAACUAUUGUUAUAAGGAAACUUGUGAAAGAAAGAAGAGGACAAAAUGCUGAAGGAACCGAAAAGAUUAUAAACCUUCUUGAUAAAUUUAAAAGAUUUGCGGGAAUUGAACAAGCUAAUGUUCUUGAUGAUCCUGCUCCAUGUAAUAGAACGCUACAAAAAUGUGCGUCUAUCACGAUUCCAUUUGAGUUUUUGUGUCCAAUCACUUUGGAAAUGAUGAGGGAUCCUGUCAUUGUUGCAACGGGUCAGACAUACGAGAGAGCAAGCAUACAACAAUGGCUGGAUUCCGACCACCAAACCUGCCCAAAAACCGGCCUACAUUUAACCCACACCGCCUUAGCACCAAACGUCGCCCUCCACAACCUAAUCCUCCAAUGGUGCGAAACCAACAACUACCAACUCCCCAAAAAAGACCCACCGCCGCCGCCCAAAAUCACCCGCGCCGACAAAGUCAUAACCCUAAUCCAAAACCUUUCCUCCAGCCAAUUACAAAUCCAACGAAAAGCCGUGACCAAAAUCCGUAUGAUUUCUCGAGAAUCCCCGGAAAGCCGAGUUUUAAUCGCCGACAACGGCGGAAUUCCGCCGCUCGUCCAGCUCCUUUCCUACCCCGAUUCCAAAAUCCAAGAACACGCCGUCACCGCCUUACUAAACCUCUCAAUCGACGACAAAAUCAAGAAACAGGUAUCGAAAGAGAAUCCGAUUCCGGCGAUAAUCGAAAUCCUCCAAAACGGAACCAUCGGAGCUGAAGAAAACUCCGCCGCAGCAUUGUUUAGCUUAUCGAUGAUCGACGAAAACAAAACGUUGAUUGGAGCUUCAAACGGAAUUCCGCCAUUGAUCAAUUUGUUAACCGAAGGAACAAUCCGCGGCAAAAAAGACGCCGCUACCGCUUUGUUUAACUUAACGCUUUCGCAUCCAAACAAAGUCAGAGCAAUCGAAGGUGGCGCCAUUAAACCUUUACUGAAAAUGCUUGAAAACGAGAGGUUAGACAUGGUUGAUGAAGCUCUUUCGGUGCUUUUACUACUUGCAGCGCAUCCUGAUGGGAGGAAGGAAUUGGGGCAACUUUCGUUUAUUGAAACUCUUGUGAAGUUUAUGCGACAAGGGACCCCGAAGAACAAAGAAUGUGCAACUGCAGUCCUUCUAAAACUUUGUUUGAACAAUUCUAACCUUUUGUUGGCUGCACUUCAGUAUGGGGUUUAUGAGCACGUGGUGGAUAUUUCGCAGAAUGGGACAAAACGUGGGCAGAAAAAGGCGGCUGCGAUUUUUCAGCUUAUGAAUAAAGGUGACAGAUUUCUUUCUAGAACGUAGUGAGGUGAAAUAUCAAAUCCUUGUUUAUAGUUAUGUUUUAGGUGUGAAAUUAUGCCUUACAAUUCAUUUAUCGUUUAGAUUAGUUAUGCGUUAGUUAUGACUUAUGAGGAUAUUGUAGAUCAGAGUGGAUCCACAUUGUAGUGUUUUGUUGUGUAAAAAUGAAUAAUAGUCUAUAAAAUUCAAUUAUAGUGUGUGAAUAAGACAGAAAAAUACAA